CUAAAGGAUUAUACACACACACACACAUUUAUGUAAAUGAUUAAUAUUACUAUAGAUAUUGAUUGUGAGCUGAUUAGUAAAUUAUGCAUGCAGGCAUGUGUGCACAGGGCAUAGGCAUUAAAACGUUGUGCUGUUCCCUGUUUUGUUGACCCCGCGGCUGAUGAACAGUGAAGAGUCCGCGUCUCUUAACGCUUCUGUUCGCGCGGGUGCGCGUCCCCUUUAAAGUGAGUUGUGCGCGCACCUCGUCUGCUCACUGCCGCAGGGCCGCAUUGUUCUGCAGCAGAGCUGCGCUUAGCGGCGCCGCCACUUCACCACAGCUACCCCGGCGCGCCGGGCUCUCUCCAGGCCGGGGAAGACGACGCAGAAUACGCCAUGACUGCUGGUGCAUGGGCACGGGGGCCCGCGCGGGCUGCGGAGCCUUCCCGGACAGGCUGAGGCGCGCGUGUCCAGGCUUUGUCCGCGCGUUUCCCGGAAGAGGGACGGCAAAACCGUCACGGUGUGAUGUAGUCCGCGAGAGAAUGGGGCUUUUGGCGUGUGGACGGGAGCUCAGACACUGCGAGUCACACCUUAGGAAAGCCUCUCCUGGGACUCAUCCAACGCAGACUAAGUGAGUAUAUGUAUGUGAGGGUGUGUUGGUUGUGAGGAUGGGGCCCAGACCAUCGUCGGGGGAGUUAUGGGGUCUGCACCUGAUGCCGCCCCGUAUCCUGGUGGACUGCUGUCUGCCCAACGGCAUGUUGGUGAGUCUGGAGUGUCUGCGUGAGGCUCCCCUCAUCAGCAUCAAACAGCAGCUCUUCACCGAGGCGCGCAAGUACCCCCUCUACCACCUGCUGCAGGAGGAGUCAUGCUACAUCUUUGUGGGAGUGACCCAGGAGGCAGAGAGGGAGGAGUUUUAUGAUGAGACGCGGCGGCUGUGUGACCUACGAUUGUUUCACCCCAUCCUAAAGGUCAUCGAACCACUUGGCAACCGAGAAGAAAAGAUCCUCAACCGUGAAAUUGGCUUUGCGAUAGGCAUGCCUAUCUGUGAGUUUGAGCUGGUGAAGGACCCAGAGGUGCAGGACUUCAGGAGGGGCAUCCUGAGCGUGUGCAGGGAGGCAAUGGAGGAGCGUGAAGGGGGCGGGGCUCACACACAGGCGCUAUACGUGUACCCGCCCAGCGUGGAGUCCAACCCCCAGCUACCACAGCACAUCUACUGCAAGCUCGACAAAGGUCGUUUGAUCGUCACCAUCUGGGUGGUGGUGUCUCCAUCGAACUCCAAGCAGAAGUACACACUGAAGAUGGCUCAUGACUGCCUGCCUGAGCAGCUGAUAGCGGAGGCCAUCAGGAAGAAGACGCGUAGCAUGCACCUGUCGGCCCAGCAGCUGCGUCUGUGUGUGCAGGAGUACCAGGGCCAGUACAUCCUCAAGGUGUGCGGCUGUGAUGAGUACCUGCUGGAGAAGUACCCUCUCAGCCAGUACAAGUACAUCCGCAGCUGUAUAACAGUCGGGAAGCUGCCUCACCUCAUGCUGGUGUGUAAGGACAGUCUAUACAGUCAGCUGCCUGCCAGUGGCUUCGUGGCUCCAUCCUACAGCCGACGCACACCUCAGCCCAGUCCCUGCCCCGGGGGGGGCGACCCCAGCACCCCACGCUCCCUCUGGGCCUUCAACACACUGCUCCGGGUACGGCUGCUCUGUGCCACCUACGUCAACGUCAACAUCCGAGAUAUUGACAAGAUCUAUGUCAGGACUGGCAUAUAUCAUGGAGGAGAACCUCUAUGUGACAACGUCAACACACAAAGAGUACCCUGCUCCAACCCCAGGUGGAACGAGUGGCUAACGUAUGACAUCUACUUGACUGACCUCCCUCGCUCAGCACGUCUGUGCUUGUCCAUCUGCUCUGUCAAGGGACGCAAGGGUGCCAAAGAGGAGCACUGUCCGCUGGCCUGGGGCAACGUGAACCUCUUUGACUAUAAGGACACACUGGUGAGUGGAAAAGUGGCUUUGAGUCUGUGGCCCGUUCCACAUGGGCUAGAAGACCUGCUCAAUCCCAUCGGUGUGGCAGGACCCAAUCCCAACAAGGAGACACCCUGUGUUGAGCUGGAAUUUACCUGCUUUAAUCAAACUGUAGUUUUCCCUGAUGAGCAACAGAUUGAGGAACAUGCAAACUGGGUCAUCUCACGAGAACUGGGCUACAACUACUCACUCGGCCUGAGUAAUCGUCUGGCGUGUGACAGCACAAUAUCACAGGCAGAGGUUGAGCAGCUACGAGCUCUCUGCAGCAGAGACCCUCUGUAUGAGCUCUCGGAGCAGGAGAAGGACUUCCUGUGGAGACACAGGCACUACUGCGUGAAUAUUCCAGAAAGCCUUCCCAAGCUGCUACUCUCAGUCAAAUGGAAUUCCAGGGAUGAGGUGUCGCAGAUGUACUGUCUGCUCCGAGACUGGCCCCUCAUGCAGCCAGAAGGUGCUCUGGAGCUGUUGGACUGUAACUUUCCCGACCCCAUGGUGAGGGAGUUCGCCCUGCGCUGUCUCGUCCAGGGCCUUACUGACGACAAGAUCAGCCAGUAUCUUCUGCAGCUUGUACAGGUGCUGAAGUAUGAGAUGUAUCUGGACAACCCGCUGGCUCGUUUCCUGAUAAAGAAAGCUCUGACCAAUCAGAGGAUAGGACAUUUCUUCUUCUGGCACCUGAAGUCCGAGAUGCACAAUAAGACGGUGUCUCGGCGGUUUGGGCUCCUACUGGAGGCGUUCUGUAGAGCGUGUGGGAUGUACCUGAAACAUCUGAACAGGCAGGUGGAGGCCAUGGACAAACUGGUCAACCUCACCGACACACUCAAGCACGAGAAGAAGGACGAGACGCAGAAGACUCAGAUGAAGUUUCUGGUGGAACACAUGUCCCGCCCAGACUACAUGGAGGCCCUGCAGGGAUUUGUCUCUCCUCUCAACCCCGUACACCAACUGGGUAACCUCAGGUUAGAGGAGUGUAGGAUCAUGUCCUCAGCUAAACGUCCUCUGUGGUUGAACUGGGAAAAUCCAGAUAUCAUGAGUGAACUGCUCUUUACGAACAAUGAAGUCAUCUUCAAAAAUGGAGAUGACCUGAGGCAGGACAUGCUGACUCUGCAGAUUAUUAAGACCAUGGAAAACAUUUGGCAGAAUCAGGGGCUCGACUUGCGGAUGCUGCCCUACGGCUGCCUCUCCAUAGGAGACUGCGUGGGCCUGAUUGAGGUGGUGAAGAACAGCUACACUAUAAUGCAGAUCCAGUGUAAAGGUGGCCUGAAGGGGGCACUGCAGUUUAACAGCAACACCCUGCACCACUGGAUCAAAGAGAAGAAUAAGGGAGAGGCCUAUGACAGGGCGAUUGAUCUGUUCACGCGUUCCUGUGCUGGAUAUUGUGUGGCCACAUUUAUUCUGGGUAUUGGAGACAGGCACAACAGUAACAUCAUGGUCAAAGAGAAUGGGCAGCUGUUCCACAUAGAUUUUGGCCACUUCUUGGACCAUAAGAAGAAGAAGUUUGGCUACAAACGUGAGCGUGUGCCCUUCGUCCUCACACAGGACUUCCUCAUCGUCAUAAGUAAAGGAGUGCAGGAGUGCACCAAGACCAAGGAGUUCGAGAGGUUCCAGGAGAUGUGCUAUAAGGCAUACUUGGCCAUCCGGCAGCACGCCACCCUCUUCAUCAACCUCUUCUCCCUGCUGCUGGGCUGCGGCAUGCCUGAGCUGCAGAGCUUCGACGACAUCGCCUACCUGCGCAAGACGCUCGCGCUGGAGAAGAGCCAGCAGGAGGCACUAGAGUACUUCACCAAGCAGAUGAACGACGCCCACCAUGGCGGCUGGACCACCAAGAUGGACUGGAUCUUCCAUACUAUUAGACACAUGCCUAAUGAGCACUGAUCACACACACACACACACACACACACACACACACUCCCCACACUGUGAGUAAUGUACAUCAGUUUCUGUGUCGACCUGAUCUCAUAGGUAAACAUGCCACAUGCUUCUCUCCAAUCCCUGCACCUCUGGAUAAAGGUCUGCUUUGGGUAGUGGUCAUUCAUUAAACCCUCUGAGGUCGCAGUUAUCACCAGCAAGAACAAAGUGCAUGUUGUAACAGUGUAGUAAUUACGUCACACCCGUAGACAGAGUCAGACAGACAGGCCUGGAGCUACAGAGUCAGCCAGGCAGUCCUCGAGCUACAGCUCCCACAGAAGCUCCACCCUCUUUUUACAGAGGGCACAGGUGGGACUAGAAACUGACCAAUCAGCUACAUUCACUGUUCACUUAACUAUCAGCCAUAAGAUCUCAAACCGCACUCAUGUUAGGUCCAGAUUUAACACGGGUCCUGAGGUCAGAGGUCCAGAGAGGGCUUGGUCUGUUUUAAAUGUGAAAUCAUCUUGGCUAUGCACACCAUUAACUACACUAAGCACCAAAUAUGAAUCACCUAUAUCUUGGUAAUGAGCACACUGAGCUUGUGACACACACACACACACACACACACACACACACACACUUUCUCAGAGAUGCACUCACAGUACAACUGUUUUGAUGAACUACAGUGCCCCUGAAGAUUCUUGUUGCAGCUCUUUGUAGGUUAAGACUCAUAAGACCCACAAGACUCACGGGAAAUGUAGUAUGAAACUGGAUGUACUUUCUUCCUCUAAGAUAUUUCAUAGGCCUGUUAUGCAUAUUUAUAUAUUCACACACACACACACACACACACAAAGGUGGGAUGACCACUGCUUUUCUGCACUACUGUGACACGCGUACAAAUAGUCGGUGUCUAUACACACACACACACACACACACACACACACAGCACUGCACAAGUAUUACUGCACUAUGUUGGAACUGUAAAUGGGGGUUAGAUAGGUCACAUUUAGGGUUCUGGUUUGAGUAAGAUUAGGGUUAGUUUUAGAUUAGGGUUAGAUUAGGGUUAGGUUAGGGUUAGAGUUAGAUUAGGGUUA